ACUUAUUACAGUAGUAGGUCUACCCAAAUCGAGUAACUGUGUUUUUCAAAAUCAUGAAAAAACAUAAAUUGUUCCAAAAAAAUAAUUGAAAAUUAAUAUAAAUUGUGUUUAAUUAUAUCAUAUUUUAAUUAUUUUAUUUUUUGUUUUUUUUGUUUAGUGUAAUUGCUAAUCCCAUCCAGAUGGCUUUGCAGACUCAAGUAAGAAAAAGAGUAGUCUGGAAUGAUAGUAAAGACAUUUCUUUACUUAAGGAAAUGAUUGUAACAAAUCCUUUCAGCUACAAGGAAAGAACCAGGGAAAGGGGUCAAAUGUGGCAAUCUGUGGCCUCUAAUCUAAAUGCCAUGUGGGAAACUGAUAAAACAGAUAGCAGAGGAUACAGGGAGCAAUACAACCUGCUUAAGACAAAGCAUGUAAAAAAAAUGAAUAAGGAAGAAAAAGCUUCGGGGAUCUCCCCUAAAGAGACAGAAGUCGACAAGGCGAUGGAGGAGCUGGUAAAUCUUGAAAAGGAGUCUGAAACAUCAAGUCUUCCAUCUGAUAAUAUAAAGAAAGAGAAGGAGGAUGCGCAGGAAAUGUGAAAUAGAUGUCUUAAUGCCAUGACACCAAUUAAAAUGACAAAGAGUGAAGAUGUGCAAGACAAGAAAAGAAGGAAGUCGAAUGAGACUAUGCUCAUGAUCAAAGAAAAAUUGGAGAGAGAAUUAAAGUGGAGAAAUGAAGAGAAAGAAUUGAAAGAGAAGCAAAUGGAGCAAGAUGCAGAAUUUAGAAAGCAAGAGGCUGCUGAAAGAACCAAACAAAUAGAGUUGAUGCAACAGCAAAUGCUACAGCAAACUCAGCAGAUGAACAAUAUUAUGAUAAUGAUGUUGGAAGUAUUAAAAAAUAAGUAAUCAAAUAAUUAUAAAUAUGUAAUUAAAAGGUAAUUUUAAUAAUUUAGCAGCCCCAUGUUUUUUUUUAUUCAGCUCUUUGUUCCAUCUGCUUUUUUUGUUUAAUGUUAAGCUUGCAAAAUCUAGUUUACCUAACUCAAGUAACUUCUAAGUUGACCUUAUUUUAUAUGCCAAAAUUGUUGUGUAUUCCCAUUAACUAAUGAUCUGCAAGUCAAAUUUUAUCUAAAUCUUAGGCAAGUUCACUAUAUCAUAUACUGUAUAAAUAUAAAUGAAUAAACAAAUUAUAAUCAAAAUAGUUUAAAUAUUUUUAAAUUGUAUAUUGUGUGUAUACACUUAAAUAAAACAAUUUCCACAGAUAUACAGUAUAGUUUUAUGAAUAUUCAUGUUUAAUACUACUGCAAACCAAUAAAAAUCGUAUCCAGGGAACAAACAUUUCGUUAUAAUUUGUUACAAAGACUGUAGAAGAGGGAAGUGACAAACAACUACAAACAGCAAACUGUAUCAUUUGAACACUAACACUCCAAAACACAAGUGCAAAGAGGAAUACAUCACUACUUCAUACUACAGUACUUGAAGAAAAGUUGUUAUACAGCAUUGAUGGAGGUCAUAUAAUUAUUUAAUUAUUUAGCACUGAAGCAGUUACCAAUGUGUUGCUGAAUUGAAGAAACUUUUAUUUGAGG